UGUCACAGUUUUAAAUCUUAACUACUCACAAAUUCAAGUGGAAUAUUUCGUGCAAGGUUUGAAAAGGGUCCAUCUGCAUUCACAUUUCUAGCUCGAAGAGUUCACGUGUUAGAAUAUAUAACACAUUCUAAACCUAAGCCUUAACUAUCAGCUAAAGUAUUUGGUGAGUUGGUUCCUUUGACUUAAUCUUCAAUCACUUUCAAUUCUACCAACUUUACCAUUUUUUAAUACUUGUAGAAGGUGAGUGUGGCAUAUUUAAACGGAGAGACGGAGCAUAUAUUAGGAGUAUUAAUUAUAUAAAUAAAAAUGAAGAAUCAAAUGCCAUUUACCCCACCUUUAGACUGUCUGAUGAUGUUUAAAUGCGUGUAUGGACCUAAUCAAACACCAAAAAGUGGCAAAUUUCAGUUCUUCCUUUAAGUUUUCUAGCUCUUUCUUGCAUUAAGAGACUUACUGUAUUGUAUACUUCAAUCUAUCAAAUAUGACAAAUAUUGUUGAGUUGAAAGUGGGAUUACAUUGUGAAGAAUGCAUCAAAAAAAUAUUGAAGGCCAUUAAAAAGAUUGAAGAAAUUGAGACAUACAACGUUGAUACACAACUUAACAAAGUCACGGUGACUGGGAAUGUGACAGAGGAGAAAGUUAUACGAGUUAUUCAUAAAAUUGGGAAGACUGCUAGCAGUUGGGACGAUCGCCAACAGGAAAACAGUAUGUCUGCAGGAUAUAAUAUGUGAUCACUAACUAGCAUAUCGCCUCUUGAGUUAGUCUUAUGGUCGAGCGUUUAUACUUUAAUUAUUUUUAUAAUAGGGUUUCGAUUCUUGAUCACCGUCUACAGUAAAAGAUAAUUUCCUUUUUCUCAAUUAUAGGGAUUUUCUUGCCUA